AUGGAGUCCGAUCAAAGUGCAGGGCAGCAUGCUCUCUCUUUCAUCGUCAUCGUCAUCGUCAUCGUCAUCGGCACCGUCGACCUCUGCGGCAGUGGAAGAGGGUGCAUGCUGCGCGUGAGCCCCAAAGGCACCGCACGGGAGGAAUCCCUCCCUCUCAUCGUC